UAGAAGGAAGACCAAAAGCUUUCAAGAGGUUGCACAACAGCCUCCUACACAAAAUUCUGCAGCUUCAACUCAAAAUCUAGCUUCAAGGUUUGAACUAUUUAAGAUGAAAGAGAAUGAAUCCAUCACAGAGAUGUUCACAAGGUUUACAUAUAUUACUAACUCCUUGAUUGGACUUGGCAAAGAACAUACUCAAGUUGAGAUGGUAAGAAAAAUCCUAAGAGCACUAACUCCGGAAUGGGAGAAGAAAACUACGGUGAUUGAAGAAGCCAACGAUUUAUCAACUCUCACUGUGGAAAAUCUUAUUGGAAAUUUAAUGGCAUAUGAAGUUCAAAUUGAAGAUAGAAAGAAGGAUGACGAACCAAAGAAGAAGAAGAUAUUUGCCUUCAAUGCAUCCUCUGACACCGAUGAAUCUGACGAAGAUGAUGAGGAUAUUGCAAUGAUUACUAAGAAAUUCAAAAGAUUUCUUAAGAAAGAUAAGUUCAAAUCAAACAAAUUUAAAAAUACUAUUGACUCUUCUUUGUGUUUCAAUUGUAAUAAGCCAGGUCACAUAAAGAAUUGUCCUCUGCUCAAGUCAAAGUCAAAGUUCACAAAUUCCAACAACUUCAAGAAGAAGAAGAAGAAGGCUAUGGCGGUGACUUGGGAUGAUAGCGACGAUUCAUCCUCUUCCGAAGAAGAAGAAGAAAGAGAAGAAUCCGCUCACAUGUGCUUUCAUGGCACAAGAUGA